AUGACUACUGUCCGAGUUCUUCUUGCAGUUGCCCUGGUCAUCUCCCUGCUCGCCCUUGGCCAUCCCCUUGCUCAUGCCCGCCAUGUGAAGGACCUGUCGUCCAUGCCAACCGGUGAUUCCUCGUCUGAAAAGAAAGGAUUACAGCAAGGGAGUAACAUGAAGCUCGAUGCCGGGAAGACGAAGAAAGUUGAAAACGUCGGAGUGGAGGAGACACCUAAGGGAUCUGCUGAACCAAGCUUCGGCAACCGGGGGAGCCUUGGUGCUGAGUCUGAUAAGGUGGCCGUGUUUGCUCGCCGUGGAGAACCACCCAAGCCUCACCCGAAAAAACACAACUAA